AAAAAUUCAAACCCCACUACUCCAACUCAUCUUGCUCUAACAGUAUUCUUGUUUGCUUUCAUUAAUUCCCUCGAAAAUUCAUUUAAAAGAAAAAAAAAAAAACAAUGGGUGAAGCUGUUGAGUUCUUCACUUACAACAAUGGUUUCUCAAAGGUGCACUAUGGAACCACUCACAUGAUUGUGGAUCAAAAUGAUGAGGAGGAGGAGCAGCAAGAUUCUUGGUUUGAAGAAGAGAUUGAUGUUCAUCUCAAGUGGUCUUUUGCUUUAAACAGAGUGCUGCACCGGGGAACUAGCGAGUACCAAGACAUAGCCCUUCUGGACACCAAACAUUUCGGCAAGGUGUUGGUGAUUGAUGGAAAGAUGCAGAGUGCAGAAGUUGAUGAAUUUAUAUAUCAUGAAUGUUUGAUUCAUCCAGCCCUCUUAUGUCACCCCAACCCAAAAAGCGUGUUUAUAAUGGGAGGUGGUGAAGGGUCUGCCGCCAGGGAAGCACUGAGGCACAAAUCAAUAGAGAAAGUGGUGAUGUGCGAUAUUGAUCAGGAGGUUGUUGAUUUUUGCAGGAAGCAUCUGACAGCAAAUCAUGAGGCUUUUUGUAACAUGAAGCUUGAUUUAGUCAUAAACGACGCCAAAGUUGAACUGGAGGGGAGAGAGGAAAAGUUUGAUAUCAUAGUGGGAGAUUUGGCAGAUCCAGUAGAAGGAGGACCUUGCUAUCAGCUCUACACAAAGUCUUUCUAUCAAAACAUUGUCAAGCCCAAGCUCAACCAAAAUGCCAUCUUUGUCACUCAGGCUGGACCAGCAGGGGUGUUCACUCAUAAGGAGGUCUUCUCAUCAAUAUACAACACUAUCAAACAGGUUUUCAAGUACGUUCGUGCUUACACCGCUCACGUGCCAUCGUUUGCUGAUACAUGGGGAUGGGUUAUUGCGUCGGAUCAGCCACUGCACAUUGAAGCUGGAACAAUGGACAAGAAGAUUGCGGAAAGAAUUGAUGGGGAACUGCUGUACUUGAAUGGUGCCUCAUUUGUUGCAUCCACCAUAUUAAACAAGACAGUAGCAAAAACGUUGAAGAGUGAGACUCAUGUGUACACGGAGGAUGAUGCGAGGUUUAUUCAUGGGCAAGGUGUGGCGUACAGGAAUUGAGGUUGGGGGAGUGAAGAGGGGGAACAACUCCUGUACAGAAGGAAGAAAAGGAUGUCGAAAACUAUGAAACAGUUAUGAGAAUUAUGUAGGAAAUGUAAGCAGAUUGUUAGAAGACUUUAGAGAGUACUUGUGGUACGUAGGCUUCUUCUGGCUGAUUUAGGACUGUCUCAUGUACUGCUGAAAUUAUAUAUCAUGAGGGUUUCCUCCAUUAUGCUUUAAA